AUGGCCGACGCUGACGCCGACACACUCGAGCGCCUCAAGGCAAGCCUCUGGCACAAAGUAGGCAGCCUCGUGAGCGCCGAGACUCUCGAACUUAGCCGCAAGCACGACAUGCCAAUCAGCGCCACCCCCCAAUUUAUCGGUGCCCUGACGGAGAUGGUUUGGGCACAGGUCGAGAGCGUGUCAGCCGAUGUAGAGGCAUUUGCCCGACACGCUGGGCGAAGUGUGGUGGGAACGGAGGACGUGCUCUUGAUGGCUCGGAGGAAUGAAGCAUUGGAGGGACUGCUACGGCGAUGGAUAGAAGAAGAGGCCGAGCGAGAGCAAGAUAAACCGGGAGCAAAGUCGGGCGUCAAACGAAAGGGAAAAGCUACCAAGCGCAAGUAA